AUGAAGUUUAUUUCAUCAUUCUUCCUAUUCGCAUAUCCACUAUAAUUAGCGCUGCACAUUUUAUUAGGCAAGAAUAAAAACUUCAGAUCUCAGUUUAAGUAUGAGAGAGAAAUCUUUAAAUUUAAGGAUGGAGGUAUAAUAGCCAUCGACUGGAUAGAUGAGAUUUCAAAACCAAAUGAUAAGAGGCCAAUAUUAGUUGUGACUCCUGGUCUAGGUGGAGACUUUGAUACAAUAUAUGUAGUUGGAACAAUCUAUUAGGCACUUAAACAAGGAUAUUGUCCUGUCAUAAUUAGUUUGAGAGGAACUUCUGGAUUAAAACUUUCUAAUUCAAUAUUAUGGUGUGCAAGCAGCUCUAAUGACAUAAAAGAACCACUUGAGUACAUAUACAACAAGUAUUGCCUAAAUGAAAAGAAAGAAAAAGUUAGGCAGAUAUUUUACUUCGGAAUUUCAUUUUCUGGAAAUAUUCUCGCCCAUUAUGUAGGAACAAAAAGCUAAGAGAAUACCAUUCUAGAUGGUGCAGCAGCUAUAUGUUCACCUCAUAGAAUAUGGAUAGUACAAGAAACCUUCUAUUCUAAUCUUUGGGGAAUGGUUGAGAAAUACAUGCUUAAAAAGCUAAAGGCAUUAUAUACUUAGAAUACUGAAGUUCUGAGGAGCCAUGUAUUAGAAAGUUUAAACAUUGACUUAGAUAAAUAUUUAAAGGAGAAAAAUUAAUGUGAUGAUUACAAUGAUUUAACAGCCAAAUUGAAUGGCUAUAAAGACAAAUAUGAAUAUUAUGAUAAAGCUUCAAUAUCUCGAAUAGUGGAAAAUAUUAAGGUGCCAAUGUUUUUCCUGAAUUCUCUUGAUGAUCCUGUCACUGGUUACAAGCACAUUGACUAUGAGACUUUUACUAGUAAUCCCUACAUUUUAUUAGGUAUUACAGAAAGAGGUGGUCAUGUUUCUCAUUUUGAAAACAUCAUAACAAAGGAAAUGUGGUUUCCUAAACCUGCUCUUGAAUUCUUCAAUUCUUUUAGAAAAGAUUUGUGA